UCCCAUAGUAACUCUUCACAAACAAGAAUGGUGCGCAUCACCAAGGAUCUCAUCCGCCGUUGUGCUGAGCAUAACGACUUUGAGAUCUUUUCUCUUGAGGAGAUUUCAUUACAUCAGCUGGGCAUUGAAAGGAUAGAGCACAUUGACAGGUGGUGCAGAGACCUGAAAAUCCUCUAUUUGCAAAACAACCUCAUUUCUAAGAUAGAGAAUGUUGGCAGACUUAAGAAGUUGGAGUAUCUGAAUCUAACACUGAAUAACAUUGAAUUGAUUGAAAAUUUGGAAGGUUGCGAAGUUCUUCAGAAGCUUGACCUGACUCUCAAUUUUAUUGGUCAGUUGAGCAGUGUGAUGUCCUUGAAACAGAAUGUGCAUCUUCGUGAGCUCUUUCUUGAAGGAAAUCCCUGCACUGAUUUCAAGGGUUACAGGCAGUAUGUGCUGGCCUGCCUGCCUCAACUGCAGAGGAUCGACAGAACAGAUAUAGGACGAGCAGAACGGAUUCUGGCGCUACAAAACUUUGAUGACUUGAAGAAGUCUAUCUUAGAACAAGAGGCUGAAUAUGUGAAAAAGAGAGAAAAGCAGAAGAGGGAGGGGGUAAAAGAAAUUUCAAGUAACAGCCCACAUGACAACCAUCUCAUGAGUAACUGUCCUCAGAAAAGUGAGAACUGGAACCAAGACCUGGAUCUUCCGAAUCAGAAUUCAAACCCAGAGAAUGAGGAUAAAGAUUUUUGGAACAAACCGUGUGACUUUACUCCUGAGUCAAGACUGGAAGCAUAUGAGAAGAUAAGAGCAUACGAGAUAAUGAGAGAGCCAAAAAGAGAGGAUAAACCUCCCAGAACUUUGAUCACAUCUGAUGGAAGAGUUCUGAACGUGAAUGAACCAAAGUUGGACUAUACUUUAAAGGAAGAUGAAGAAAACAAUUGUUUGCUUCUGGAUCUGCAUGUAUACAGGCAUUUGGACACCACCUUGCUGGAUGUGGAUGUUCAGCCUACAUAUGUGAGGGUGACUGUCAAAGGAAAGGUGUUCCAGAUGGCUUUGCUUGAUGAGGUUAAACCAGACAGCAGCACAGUACAGAGAUCUCAAACUACUGGCCACCUGCUUAUCACCAUGCUCAAGGCGCAUGAAGAGAUAGAAGUGAAAAAAACAUCUCAUAAACUGACUGGCAUUGGAAAUAAGACUUCAGAGAUCUCAAACGAAAAAAACAGGGUGAUUUCUGGUUGUCAGAGAUUAGAAGUUGACCCUAGUAAAAGCUUUGCUGUACAACUAGCCAACAUUGUCCCUAAAGAAGAGCGCACUACACAUGGUCCCCUGCAGCUCUCCUGGCCUUGUCGAGCCGUAUCCAAAGACUUUGUGGAUGACCCUGAUGUGCCCCCUCUCAUAUAAGAAACACAAACAAAGGAAGAAUUUAUGAAUAUAAGAAAUAUGAGUUAUAAACUAUUGUAAACAUAAGAAUAUAUACAGUGUGACUUGAAAGUUUGUGAAAAUUGUGAAAUUUCUAUAUUUCUGCAUAAAUAUGACCCAAAACAUCAGACUUUCACACAAGUCCCAAAAGUAGACAAAUUGAACCCAAUCAAACAAAGUAGACACAAAUAUUAUACUUGGAAUUCAGGACAAUGUUCCAAUAUUAUAUAUCCGUGCGGGGUAAAAGUAUGUGAACUUCUAGGAUUAGUAUUUACUUUCAAGGUCAAAUUAGAGUCUAUCUGAUUUCAGUCAAUGCAAUGACAAUCAGGUCUCCGUGAGUGUCCUAUUUUAUUUAAAUAACAGAGAUAUAUCAAAGUAUGAUGUUCAUGUUUGUAGAAGGGGAUCAUUGCAAAAACAAUGGAGAUUCAUGAGGACUUCAGAAAAAGAGUUAUUGUUGCUAAUCAGGCUGGAAAAGGUUACAAAAUCCUCUUUAAAGAGUUUGAACUGCACAAAUGUAUAGUCAGAUUUAGUACAAAUGGAGGAAAUUUAAGACCAUUGCUACCCUACCCAGAAGUGGACAACACAUCAAAGAUCACUCCAAAAGCAAGACAUAUAAUAGUCUGUUGGGUCAAAAAUGAAUACAGGGUAACAUCUAAGCAACUAAAGCCCCUCAGUUGAGCACUGAACAACCUUGGUUUGCAUGACAGAGUCAAGUCAAGAAGCUUUUAUUGUCAUUUCAACCAUAUAUAACUGUUGCAGUACACAGUGAAAUGAGACAACGUUUCUCCAGUAUCAAGCUGCUACAUAAAACAAAGACAGGGCUAAGGACUUAGUAAGUUAGUCCUAGCCACAUAAA